ACAUCGUGUCACUUGUGCAUGGCGCCACUACCGCUCCGGAGGACGUCCACGUCGUUCAGACGAGACGUGAAAGGGGAAAAGAAUAGUGGUGCACCAUGCGUCCGUUACCACGAGACAAGACUUAUCCGCCACUCCACACACGGUGUCCGGACGGUGCUUCGCUAACUUGCGUCAGCAACUAAUCCGUUGUUCUCUAUCCAUUUUCCCUUUGCCGAUCCCUUCCUAUUUAUUCCCGAUUUUCUUCGCAUUUCGAUUCAAUUCCACGCACUUGUUACCCUCAUUCGUUAAACAGAGGACGAUCCCGGGACUCAAAAUAAUUACGACGAAUCGACGGAUUGUUGAAAUCACAUAAGAGAAGACUGAAGAAUUCUUAGAAGUUGCAAGAUCGCGAAAUCAAUAAAGUAACUGCACGUUACGAUCAUCGAGCUGUUCAUCUUUCGACGGCGACGAGAAGAUUCCGGCUGUGAAAUCCGUCGCAGUUUUUCCGCACUUUAAUAUUUUCAAGUUUUGAGAUUGCAAGAUGUCGGGCAUCGUGGAGUGGUAUAGAGAUGUAAUAGACAAUAAAUAUGAUCCGAGGACGGAUGGAUGGUUUCUGGUUUCUAGCCCUGGUCCAACCCUGACAAUCGUAGCGACGUACAUAUACUUCUGCGUUUCCGCCGGACCGAAAUACAUGAAGAACAAGAAGCCGUAUGAUUUAAAGAAUACUAUGAUAAUUUACAACUUUAUCCAGAUCCUGUUAAGCCUUUAUCUGGUUCACGAGGGCUUGAUGGCUGGUUGGUUAUACGAAUAUAAUUAUAUCUGUCAACCGGUCGAUUAUUCGUAUAAACCGAGCUCCGUAAGGAUGGCCCAUGCUGUUUACACAUAUUUCAUAUGUAAGCUGAUCGAGCUUCUGGACACCGUGUUCUUCGUGAUGCGCAAGAAGGAUCGUCAAAUCUCAUUUCUACAUCUCUAUCAUCACUCGAUGAUGCCGGUCGUCGCUUGGAUCGGUAUCAAAUUCUUCGCCGGCGGUCAUCCGACCCUCCUCGGUAUCAUCAACUCUUUUAUACACGUUUUCAUGUAUACGUAUUACAUGUUGGCAGCGUUUGGGCCACAUAUGCAGAAGUACCUCUGGUGGAAAAAGCAUUUGACCACUAUGCAGAUCGUGCAGUUUAUCAUAAUAUUUUUCCACAAUAUGCAGAUAUUAUUUACCAAUUGCAACUUUCCGAAGCCGCUUUCGUUCCUACUCGUGCUCAACUCCGGCUUAUUCAUUUACAUGUUCGGAUCUUUCUAUGUAAAUAAUUAUAUGAAAUCGAAGAAUAAACGAUCAGAAACGACGAAAGAAUCAAAGACUAAUGGUAUUAUGCAUAUUGCUGCCAACGGCUCUAUUUGUGUCAAUGGUAAUUCGAUCUUCAAUGUAGACAAAUCCGAUUAAAGGACUCGAUGCGGAGUUUUUCUAUUCGCAAGACUGUAACUGUGCAAAUGGAAGGAUGAUUCUUCCAAGGAUGAUUUAUCAAAGGGAAUACAUAUUAGAUCCUGUAACGUAGUUGUAAUAAACGUCGUACCUAAUACACGAGAGAUAGAAAUCCACCGAUAUUUCUGCAACGCAAGUUACGAAAGUAGGUUAACGCAUGCCAGUAGGAAAAGGUGGAAAGAUUAAUUUGAUACACUUGCGCUGAAAACGAUCGGCUUACAAGAGCGAUCUUUAACACUUUUAUCGGAUUAAAUGCGAUCUAGAUAAUUUUAUUAUUAUUUCUGUAAAAGUACAGAUGUGGUUCUUCGAUUAUACGAGAUAUUAAAAAAUUUGUGAAAUGAACUUCCAUAUAUAAUAUACAACUAGGUGUACUAAUUAAAUUUAAUUUAUCACAUAUUGCUUCUGGCAAAACACUUUAAAGAAGAUUUCGUGUAUUUCAUUCAUAAUACAUUCUUAUUAUGCAAAUUUGUUAUAUAUUAAAACAUAUUUAAUAACAUCAAAAACAAAAAAUAUGCGAACAGAAAUAUAAUCUUAUAUAAUAUAUAUAUUUUUUGCAAUAGAAAGUAAAAAUUAACUAAUCUUGUUAGAGAAAAUUUAAAAAUAACAUGAUUUUUUUAUAAUAAACUUUAUAUUUUUUUAUAAUACUUUAUGUUUCAUUGACUUCAAAUUUAAUGACAUUUGAUUUAAUUUAACUUUAAUUUACAGACAUUCUUGUAAAAAGUUUCUUGCCGAAUAUCGAUAAGACAGAAUUAUUUAUCAAUAAAUGUCUUAUCAAUGAUCGUUCAUACAAACCAAACAACUUCCCUACGAUGAGAGCCCAGCGCCGCUUUAAUAGAAAUAUUUUGUACUAUGUUAUAACGAUAUUUGUCGGUAUCUUAAAUAACUGUCCAAUAAUUGUGUUCAAACAUCAAUUAAGAGCCAUAAUAAUAUUUGCUUUAGAAAAUCAAACUUGUUCGAAUAUCUUAACAAUAUCUAUAAAACUAUAGCUAGCUCAACGCAUUUUUAUAGUAAAAAUAUUUAUCAAGUUAGCCGAAGACUGAAUUUAUUUUUAAUAUGAUAAAAAUAUAAUAUUCUGUCUCUAAACAUUUAAAAUUUUUUGACUCGCAACAGUUAAAGUGCCGAUUUAUUUAUAUAGAUAAUAAAAAAUAGAUAUUAUAUAGCGUUUUAUUCUGUAAUUAAGAACGAUUUAAAAAAUAUUAAGAUUUUUUUAUUAUUUGCUAGCAUCGCUAGCACGUAAAAUGCAAAUAAAUGUGAAAUACAUUGCGCUAAAUAUUCACCGUAACUUGAAAAUAAAUUGGAUAACAUUGAGAACACAUAAAAGACGAGCGGCUUUUAAUAUAUUCAUCCGUUUUUAUAGUAUUCUUAAUCAAGGAAUAUUUGCGAAAAUUGCAUGCAAAUUAUAUAAUAUAGUUACAUAAUUGUAAGAUAGUGUACUAAGGUGUAUAUUUUAAUGAUUAGCAUGAUUAGCAUGAUGAGCACACAUUUUUUUCAGAUACGCAAGUACACUUUUCUGAUUUGUAUAUCAUAUUCUCAUAAAAAAUUUUUAAUAAAAAUGCGAAAAAUAUUGCUUUUGCUUUGUGAAAUAAA